UAGUAUACAUCGAACAAUAGUAAAAUGAAGGUUAUAACAAUUGCGUUAUUCGUGGCUCUCUGCGCCGUGGUCGCGGCCAGGCCGAAUGGCUUUGGCUGGGGACGUAAUCACGGCGGCUGGGGGGCAAACAUCCAUCGUGAUGAUCAAUGGCAUGACAGAGUAGGCAAUUUGGAACAUGGUCGCUGGAAUAAGCAUGAAGAUAGAUGGCAGGGAAGGUUUGGCCGCUGGCACAGAGAUGAGAGUGGUUGGCAUAGGGACGACCGCUGGAGACAUCCGAAUUUCCAUGGAAUGCGUCCUGAACAACCUACAGCAUUGCCAAGCUCCACAGCAGCUCCCGUGGAGACUACCCAGGCUUCCGAAUCAACUCAGGUCCCUGAACAGCCAAUUGAAAGUAGCCAAGCACCCGAGGUGACAACUGAGGCACCCGAAGAGCCGACAGAAACUACUCAAGUCCCCGAAGGACCGACAGACACUACUCAAUCAUCGGAAGAGCCUGAAGAGUCUACUAAAGUUACAGAGGAGCCGACUGAAACUACGCAAGCCACCGUAGAGCCAGAGGAAUCAACGAUCGAAGGUUCGGGAGAACCUGUUGAGACAACGACAGAAGCAGAGGAGGGCAGCGGGUCGGCGAGGUCCUAAGCUCGCCCUGGCUACUAGAAUAU